AUGCAAUUCUAUCCUUCUCUUAUUCUUCUAAAUGCUCUUUUCCUCUUUUCUCUUGUUAUUAUUCCUUCUGAAGUUAAUAUGGCUCCAUGUUUGCUUCCACAGGAUUGUGAUUGCAUUAAACGUGGUCUCUUCGAUGAUAACUGGCUUCAAUCAAACAAACCAACUGUCUUCAAUGCAUUCAAGGAUAAAUAUUCAUUCAGUUUUCCAGAAACCACUUAUCCAGAAUGCGAGUCAAUCAUUUCUGUUUGUCCUGAACCUGCUGAAGUAGCAGCAAUUUAUGCAAACGGAACGAUCAAAAUCGGCGGUGCCACCCUCAAAAAUCCAUUCAAAUUAACUCAAUUGUGGUGUGAAGACGGUAAUUGGAUGAAAGUUGCCUACUCUGGAACCUUCGAUGCAACCAUUCGGGCUACAAACAUUUCGUGUGCCCUCAAAAAAUAA